GCGUGACACUAACCUACUUGAUUUAUCUCUGCUCAGUGAUACAACAUGAAUUUGGAAUACGUUGAUAGUGCCCAGUUAGCCAAACAACAAGUUUUCCAUCAGUUCUCACAAGUGAAACAGGAGGCAGACUCCACCUCCCCCCUGUUAACGCCGCCGCAUACCCCCACUUAUUCCCCACCGCCUUCCAUCAGAUUUCCGGCGACUUGCGAAACGUACUCGUACCGUUCAGAAGUCAUGGAACAUCCCACGUACCCGCAACAAUACCAAACCAUGCACAAUACUGUUGGAUAUCCUUACAACGCCCUGAUGAUGAACCAGUGGCUUAGGAAUGCCGCCCUGUACCAUGCCAGGGGAGGCUUUCAGGAUCUGAGGGCUCCCGGAAGGGCGCCUCUGCCUCCAAAGGUUACAGGAUCAACCAGACCUAAGAAACAGUUCAUUUGCAAGUAUUGCAACCGCCAGUUCACCAAAAGUUACAACCUCUUGAUUCACGAGAGGACCCACACCGACGAAAGGCCAUACUCCUGUGACAUUUGCGGAAAGGCCUUCAGGAGGCAAGACCAUCUCAGAGAUCAUAGAUACAUCCACAGUAAAGAGAAGCCAUUCAAAUGCACCGAAUGCGGAAAAGGAUUCUGCCAGUCCAGGACAUUGGCAGUGCAUAAGAUUUUGCACAUGGAAGAAUCGCCCCAUAAGUGUCCGAUCUGCAACCGAUCGUUCAACCAAAGGUCCAACUUGAAGACACACCUGCUCACCCACACCGAAAAGCCCUUGGAGUGCAACUUGUGCGCUCAGUUCUUUGCCACCUACGCAGACUUGAAAGCCCACGAGCUGAAGCACCAGGAGGUGAAGGAAGUACAGGUUGCUUCGGAACUGGCCAGUGGUACCGUGUGUCUGGAUUUGACCAAGAAAAGGACGGACGAAACGGAACCAGUUAAGACCAAGGUUAAAUUGGGAUUUUCUAUAGCUGACAUUAUGAAGAGAUAAUUUUGUUAAUUUUUUGGCAUCGCCAGAAAGUUGCAAUUUUUGUUUUGUUUUGCCAAAGAUGUCUAUUACCUCGUAUGGGUAUUCUUCCUGUACUUUCUUUUAGUUAUUUAUUGUUGGAAAGACUGAUUUUAGUUUAAUUGUAAGAGUUACCCAUUGAACUAAAGAUUUUUUUAAUCGUUGUAUUUUAUAUUAUUUGUACAUAUGUAAUUUAUUCCUUGAAACGUUUCGAGUAAUUGUAUAAUAAAUAUUUAUUUCCCUGAUA